UUAAUAACAUACAGGCAUACAUACAUUAUUGGUGUUGCAGUGUGAUAUAAAGGCUCGCAUGUUUUGCAGUGUGCGGACUAUCACUUCAGCGCUUCUCAGCCGCUGCUCUACUUUCUGUCUUUGUAAACACGGUUUCUGCCCCCGAGAGCCGGAGCAUGGUGGUACACGGGACUCAGCCCCGGUGGAGGAGUACUACAGGAAUGGGUUGUACUCCAGCAGCAGCAGCAGAAGCAGCAGCAGCAGCAGGGAGGGAGGAGGGACGUGCGUGUGCGUGUGCGUGUGUGUGUGUGUGCGUGUGUUGCGCGGGGAGGGUGAGGAGUUGAAAGCGCCGUCCAACACGUGAGGCUCAUGUGACGGUGUCGAGUCUGUGUCUCCAGCCGAGAGACGUGCCUGCAGUCACAGGGUUUGUUUAACACGUAGUCAAAAACCCACCCAGCUCUCUCUCUCUCGCUCACACACCGAGCCGGGCGUGGAUCCUCCCCAGACCUACUACCGAGUGAGGAACCUCAGGGUGACAACACUGCGCACUGCCCCGACUCCGAGCACACAGCGGGGAAAACACACACUCGCACACAAGCACACUGGACAUCAGGAGAUACUUUUGACUUUAUUCUUUUUUUUUUUUAUGUGUGAUUUAUUAUUUAUUUUUUUUCAACCACGGUUUUGAAGUGCGACUGCAGAGACACAUUUGGAACGUUUUCAAGGGAUUUUUUUUAAUUUUUUUUUAACAGUUAAGCAUUAUGGAGAGGAUUACCAGCGCGCAACCACCACCGUCACUGGAUAUAGCUGACAUGCAAGGAAUCGAUUUCUCCAUGUAUGUGUACAAAUCCAGGAGGGGAAUGAAGUGUCGGGAUGACAGCAAGGAGACCUACAAGUUGCCACACCGACUGAUCGAAAAGAAAAGACGGGACAGAAUAAACGAAUGCAUCGCCCAGCUGAAGGAUCUGUUGCCAGAACACCUCAAGCUUACAACGCUGGGUCAUUUGGAGAAAGCUGUGGUGCUGGAGCUCACUCUCAAGCACGUGAAAGCCCUGAGUGGCAUCCUGGAGCAGCAGCAGCAGAAGAUCAUGGCGCUACAGAACGACCUGCAGAUCGGUGAUCAUGGAGUUGGCGGCGCCGAGAGUAGUGAGGAGAUGUUCCGCUCCGGCUUUCACUUGUGUGCGAAAGAGGUCCUCCACUAUCUGGCCAGCCAGGAGAGCAGCAGGGACCUGACCCCCUCCCAUGUCAUCAACCACAUCCAAAAGGUCGCAGCUGAGGUCCUGCACCAUCAGAGCAGCCCAGACGAGUCCGUCCCUCAGACUUCAGAGAAUCUGAAGAAGCAGCCCGCCGCAGAGCCCAAGAGGGCGUCUGAGGGCUCCGCCAAGAACUGUGUCCCCGUCAUUCAAAGGACUUACCCCCAUGCGACGGGGGAGCAAAGCGGCAGUGACACGGACACUGACAGCGGCUAUGGGGGGGAGCAUGAGAAGCGUGACGCCAAAGCCCAGUGGUCAGAGAGCCACGCCAAGGAAGGGGAGCGCAGGCGCGCCGCAUCCGAGGCGACGGCCAGCGCCAUCAAGCAGGAGGGUGACGAGCCUCGGGCCAAGAAGUCGAGGCCCGACUCCUCGGAGGACGAGGUUGUCUCCGCUCACGUAGCAGGAGGCCCCGGCGGCUACAUGAGCUUUUCCCCCAACCAGCCCCCGUUUUGCCUCCCCUUCUACCUCAUCCCCCCCGCAGCUGCGGCCGCGGCAGCCUACCUGCCCAUGCUGGAGAAACGCUUUCCACGGGGCCUGCCGGUCAUGUACCCGGGGAUGUGCGGCUCAGCAGCGAGCAUGACCCCGGAGACGCAUCCCUCAUCUCUGGUGAUGUCCCCCAGGGCAGCGUCCCCAGCGUCCUACCAGAACCCCAUGGACUCCCCCGCUCUCCACAAAGCUUUAAAGCAGGUUCCCCCGUUGAACAUGGAAACCAAAGACUGAGCGGAUGUGUUUCAGCUGGAAUCUUGACCUCCGAAUGUUGAUGAGGUUGAAAAGAGGGUAAAAAAAAAAAAAAAACAACAACAACCCACAAACGCACUGGUAACCCUUCAAACCACAGCGGUUUUUUUUGGCCCAUCAGAACAUUGACCCCCGGCAAAGACCCCAAAAAAGGUCACAGUGGUCUACCGUCGGCUCCACACACACUGAAACUGGACUUUAAGGGGCGACCUGGAGGGGCGACCUGGAGUGCCAACGUGAAGGCUCGAGGAUCACCUGUCGCACGGCUCUGAAACACUGUGAAGAAGUUCAAAGACGAUGUGUGCGCACGAGAUCUAGAGAGGUUUUCUAUGUUAUUUUUCAGUGAGCUUCUCUGCACUCAGUGUUGAAUGUCAGAGGUAAACACAGAAUGUAAGGCACAGAUAAGUCCCCCCCCACAACAAUUAUUUGGACCUACUUUUUGCACACACACCACUCUGUAAUGAAUGUAAAGAUUGAACAAAAAGCCCCCUGUAGAUGCUGCUUGAGUUAUAACGACCUGCUGUAGAUCUGUGAACGGAGGAUCUACUUUAUUUGUCGCUCCUGUAGCUGCGACAAACCAUUGUUUAGACUAGAAUGUUACCAAAAAAAAAAAAAAAAAAAAAAAAAAUGUUGAUGAGAGACGUCACAAAAGACAUGAUGAUCCCUCAAUUACCUUGCAGUCAGAUGAACAGUGUUCAUGGCGUUCCAAGAAUUCAGGGUGUUGUCACUGUACAAGGUGUGCCACUCGUGUCUAUUUAAACAAAAUAAGUGAUGUGGCCGCACGCGCUUUUAACGAUUUCAUUUGUGACUUAUGACUAUUCGUGCAUCUAUAUGGAGUCCCUGUGAAGUAAUGUCUUGUAAUUAUUUUUGCUUAUACUACUUGUACACAUCUCUAUUUUUGAUACGUGACCCACUGAGUGUAUUCGCAGUUGCGAACCAGAUGAAGGUUGAGGCAGUCGUUAGCUGUACGCCCAGACAUCGUGCGCAGCAUACAGCAUUGUGUUCAACCAGAUUUAUUUGCAAAUUGCCCACAAAUUCCCAGUCAUGUUAAGGCCUGAUCUUAGCUCAUGCUGUUGCCUUUACUCGCGUAACACAGACACACACACACAAACACACAGACAGUGAUGGCAGGUGUUUCUAUGUAUUUUUUGCUUUAAAUGUCGUGUCUGUGACAAAGAGAGUGAAUGUAAAGUUCAAAGAAAAAUAAUAGUUUUGUAUAGAAAGAGGUACUUGGGAUUUUUAUUUUGAAAUGUAACAAAGAGGUUUGUUUGUUUGUUGUACAUAUUUUGUAUAUAAAGUAUUAUUGAUAUAUAUUAAAAUAUUAAUAAAGCUUUUUUUCUCC